ACUCGCCGUACUGUGCUGUGUGCUGUAGCAGUGUAGUACUACCGUCCCUCCCUUUCCUCCGGAGUUCAAACAACCACUGAUCCAGAGGCGGGCGGGCCUCCCAUGCCGCCACCGCCGCCUCCAGGACCGUCUCACCAGCGCCGUCGCAGCGGCGCCCCCUCGCAGCUCCCCUGAGGGGCACGCCCUCUGGCCGCGGGACAUGGUCCAGUCGCGGCGGCGCGGCGGCAACUACCCGUGCCCGCGCCGCGCCGCACUGCCGGCGGCGGGGCUCCUGCUCUUCCUCCUCGCCGCCGUCGCGCUGCUCUACGUCUCCCCGCCGCCGCUCGCCGACCACCCCGUGCUCGCCUCCUCCCGCCGCCGCCGGCCGCCCCAUACCCUGCUGAACAGCUCCGGCAGCGGUGCAAUGGAGGAGACCGAGCGCCGCGAGAUUUCUCAUGCUCCGACGAAUGGUUCGACCGUCAGGGAUGACCUUUGGGGUUCAAAGCUUGCUAGCAAAUUUUAUGGGUGCAGCAAUUCAAGCAGCAAGUUCCUUGAUUCAAAUAUUACUACCCAACCAGACCGCUAUUUGAUGAUUGUUACAAGUGGAGGCCUGAAUCAACAGAGAACAGGGAUAAUUGAUGCUGUUGUUGCUGCACGUAUUCUAAAUGCCACACUUGUUGUUCCCAAACUAGACCAAGCAUCCUUCUGGAAAGAUUCCAGCAAUUUUUCGGAUAUUUUUGACGCCAACUGGUUCAUCUCAUCCCUAUCAAAGGAUGUAAAGAUUGUGAAAGAGCUUCCACAUAUAGGAGGUAAACUUCGGGCUCCUCACAGGAUGCGUGUUCCCCGAAAAUGCACUGAGCGGUGUUACUUGAACCGUGUGUUGCCUGCACUCCUUAAGAAACAUGUUAUCCGAUUGACAAAGUUUGAUUAUAGAUUAGCAAACAGGUUGCAAACUGACUUGCAAAAGUUGAGAUGUAGAGUCAACUAUCAUGCAUUGAGAUUUACUGCUCCAAUUCAAGAGAUGGGUGAAAAACUAAUACAAAGAAUGAGGGAGAGGAGCGAGUAUUUUAUUGCUCUUCAUUUGAGAUUCGAACCUGAUAUGCUUGCCUUUUCGGGGUGCUAUUAUGGUGGUGGAGAGAAAGAGAGGAGAGAACUUGGUGCUAUAAGGAAGAGGUGGAAAGGCUUGCAUCCUAACCCAGAGAAGGGAAGAAGGCAAGGUAGAUGCCCUCUAACUCCUGAAGAGGUGGGUCUGAUGUUGAGAGCCCUGGGCUACAGAAAGGAUGUCCACAUCUAUGUAGCUUCUGGAGAGAUAUAUGGAGGUGCAAGGACUCUGGCACCUCUUAAAGCUCUCUUCCCCAAUCUCCAUACAAAAGAAACAAUAUCUAGCAAAGAGGAGCUGGCUCCAUUCUCUAAAUAUUCUUCUCGCAUGGCUGCACUUGAUUUCAUUGUCUGUGAUGAAAGUGAUGCUUUUGUGGCUAACAACAACGGCAACAUGGCUAAAAUUUUGGCUGGACGAAGGAGAUACUUUGGGCACAAGAGAACGAUCCGACCAAAUGCCAAAAGGCUCUAUCCCUUAUUUUUGAACAGAGGAAACAUGUCAUGGGAUGCAUUCUCCUUAAAAGUACACAUGGUUCAGAAAGGAUUUAUGGGAGAGCCCAAAGAGCUGAGGCCAGGGAGGGGAGAAUUUCAUGAGAACCCCUCUACCUGCAUCUGUGAAAGGACUGAUGGCAAAGCAGUAGCCAGAGCCAAAUCUCAAGAUGAUCAAGUAUUGAAUAGUGGUGCUGACCAAGGCAAAGGCAUUGGUGAGCCAGUUGUUCCUAAUCGUACUGACGAAGAGGUGGGCGAACCUGACGAUGACGAAGAUGACCCAGCAGAGAGAGAGAUUGUUGAUGCUGAAAUGGACGACGAUGUGUUGGUCGGACCAGAGGAUCCUGAGCUAGAACAGAUUCUUUCAGACUAGUAUCCGGCAUCAAAGAUGUUUGCACAAACUAAUUUUUGGCUUGAGUGAUUGACGAAUUUUGCCCCGCCCCUCUAGAUUGUACAUACUUUUUGCGAUGUAAAUGUACGUAUACAUCCGAUCUACUCUAGCUUAGCUCGCAGCCUUCUUAAUGGUCCCUUUUGUAACAUUUGUGGAUUGUUAUAGCUUGUAUCAUGGGUUUUGCUUUUGUGUAGCAACUCUUUGAUGCCCUUUUUGUGUAAGCAUCUUAGGGCAUGUAGAAUGUAAGGUGCUUACACACGGAUAAUUAAGGAGAGAGAAUGUUGUUAUACCAUUAAUAAUUGAUAUAUAAGUUAAUUGAUUAGGUACA